AUGGGGCGUCUUGUCACUGUCACACAAUCCGCAUAUCGUCCAGUGCUCGGCGUGCAGGACAAGAAAAAACUCUCCAAUUAUAAGAAGAAGGCCAAGAAUCUCAAGGCGAUCAGGGGCAGAUCUCUCUCGCACAGCGAAAGGAAUGAACUUGCAUGGCUUGUCAGGGCUCGUGAAUGCAUAAUGGCAGGUUUGUUGACUGUGAACCAAGCAAAAGGCCUCGAGUCGUAUCGCAAACUGAGUCCAACGGCCCAAUUCCAACAGCUGGAUCAGAAUCAUAUGGAGGUCCGUAGGAAUCUCGGGCUUCUCCAUGGUCGAAUAUCUGACGACGAUGACGGAUAUGGAAAGGCCCAGAACUUAUUGAAUGAUAGUUCGGCGUUCGAAGCACGACAAGCACAACCAAUGAGGUUAUUCCAGCAAGCAGCCAGUCUACCCUCACCAAACCCAGGAGCGGUAAAAGCAUUCAUAUACUCCCUUAUGGGGCUAUCCCCGGAUGCAGGAACAAAUCCACAGCCCACUCCAUUCCAGCAUUCCGGGAGGUCAUGGGUUGUGAAGAACGCUACCAAAAGCCGAAUUCUUAGUGUAAAAGAACAUCUGUCUCAAUUCUUCUGGAAGGCCAGUCCUUCCCGGCGAAAUAGCUUCCAUGGCCGAACCGAGCAUCUUGAUCGCCUCUCAAAAUUCUUCACGCGGCGAGAUAACCUCUUCUUCAACAUGUCCCCAGACCCGUUACAAUUCUAUCGACCGCCCCCAAUGAUACACCAAGACCUCUUUGACGCAGCCACGCGAGUUGUCCGCGUUGAGAAUAUCAUUGGGUACAGGUUUCAGAACAAAAAGCUCUGCAUAGAAGCCCUCAAAGGUUCCAUGGUCGACAUACCAUUGUACUGGCAAGGGGUCAUUACGCCCAUCGCGAAUAACCGGAGACUCGCUCUAUUAGGCGAUCGUGUACUGGCGCUAGGGAUGACUGCCUUAUGGUGGGAUGCUAAAUUGCCAACCUCGGCCUAUGGUACCGCAAUGGCAAAACUCGAAUCACGAGCGUCCCUGGGUCUUAGGGCCACGCUGCUGGGUAUCGACGACACGCUUAUAAUACGAAAUGGAGCAAACCCGGUUCCAAGACACCUAAUUGCCGAAACCCUUGAGGCGAUCAUCGGUGCCGUGUAUGUGGAUUCCAACAAUAGCUUGUCCGUUGUGCAGGGAGUGUUGAAGAAGUUACGAUUCGAAAAAGACCUACACCAGCUUGCGGAGGCAAUGAAACCAAGCCUUGAACAUGCGGCAGUAUCAACCACUUCCACAGCUGAUCCUACGGUCAGGUCUGUCACUGCUUCUGCAAUCGACCCUGCAACCAAGUCUAUGACUGCUUCAAUAGUCGAUUCUACACCCGAUACUUCCACUCAUCCUAUACCUAGAUCUGCAAUCGAACUUUCAGUCACUCUGGCACCCGAGUCUGCAACGCUGCCGACACUGAUUAAUCACGAUUACAGCAGAGAGAUAUUGGACGAUAUUCAAUGCAAGAAACACGAGAGAAAAGAGAAAAUAGAAAGGGAAGAGUUGAUUCUGGAGAAGCCCGAGGAGAAAAGACUGUAA